CACGCCAUAUUAAAGUCAGAUAACAAGCGCGAACUUCUGAAGUUUCGAAGCUUUACUGAAGUCACAGAAAUUCACAUUUUCUUAGACAUCGCAGGAGUUCUAAAUUGAAGAAUAUACUUCACGGAAUACAGUACGAAGACCAAGAAUGCUCGAAGGAUUGGUCGCAGAUACGUUUUGGAUAAGGGAGAAGUCUGGCAUUUUAGUUAAAAAGGUACGUGUAUUGAAAACUCAUAUUCAAGCUUUCCUAUUGUUAUAUACGCUGCAUGUUGAUUGCCAUUGGUAAGUUUUGGAUAAUUUUAAGAAUAUCAAUUUUGAAGUACGUUUGGGUCCAGUGCCAGUGGAGGUAUAGUAUUCUUCAAUGUGAAGAAAACGCAAAUGGUUAAAACGUCCAACGGUUUGAAAUGGUAACAAUAUAUAAGACGUUAGUCGUUCAAAGUUUAAGUUAUGCCAGGACAUAUAAAUUGUCUUAUUUUAUUAAUUACUAGAUUAUAUAAUAACAUCCGUCCAUAUACAGUAAUUUGCAUUGCCAUGGGGUAAAAAAUCAUUUUCGAUCCAUCUAUAGUGAAUUACUACCUGCUGUGAGCCCAAUUUUAGUUACUUGCAAAAAUGUCAAAAAUGUGAACAAAUCAGUGCUAAUUACAGUAAUCUGUUACCCGUUGGAAAAGCUUCAGUAUAUUUGAUGCUGUUAAUUAUGAUGAACAGUUAAAAUUACAAAACUUUACAUAAUGAAAUGUAUAUUUGCGCAGGAAAAAUCUUUGCAAAAAUAAAUUUUAUUCAAGCUAGAUUUCAUACAGUUGUGACUCUUUCAAACUAAUCAGCUUUCAAACAACUUGGCCAAAUAACUAGUAGACAUAUACAGUAGACAAAUAUACGAAUUCUGCAAAAUCUUCUUCCCAAUGUGCUGGGUAUAACCAUUGAGUUGCAAUGCGCCCCAAUGCUCCUUACUUCAUUAUUUUACUCUGUCUAACGCCGGACAAUUUGUAUAUGUAGUAGGAUGGUUUCUAGUGCAAUUCAGUUGGAUAAAACAUGCACGAGUGAGUUUUUCAAAGAGCAUCAAAAUAGCACGAGUCCGAAGGACGAGUGCUAUUUGAGGUCUUUGAAAAACUCACGAGUGCUUGUUUUACUCCAAAUUUCACGAGAAACCAUCCUCAUUACGUGGUAAAAUAUAUACAUAAAAAUGUUCGAGAGUUCAUACAGCGAACCGGCCGACAACUGACAACGUUUUCGUUUUUCAACUUUGCCCUUUGUUAUCGUGUCACAUUUUACAACGCUAACGGUUUGAAAAUUCAGCUAUGUAAGUUUCGUUCGGCUUGUUUAAGGUGAAGUCUUUUCCGUUUUGACAAAAAGAUAAAAGCCAUGUUUUCCACCCGAUCUCAACUUUUACUUAUUUUGUUUUGAACUAAUCUGUGACCGUUACUUUGAGGACUGCUUUAAGCUGAUUGGUUUUAGAUCUCAUUCUUUUUCCACCAAAAAGAUCAGUUUGUUGCAGAUUUUUGCACUGCUGUUACAGAAUUUUGCACUGCUGUUUGAGAUUAACUGCACUGAAAUCAACCAAUCACAGUCGCAUGAGUAAUACUUUCAUGUAUAUUAUUUUUAUCGUAAAAGGAGAGCACUGCCACUCAAUGAGUAACGAACCCAUGCAAUACGCAUACAGGGAAUAUUCAAAUACAUUAAAACUUUUACUAUAAAAUUUCCGUGCAAAAUUUGCAAAAAUUUAAUUUCAUACCACAGAAAAAACGCGAAAGUAUGCACAAGUCGUAACUAACACAAAGAGAAGAAUUUGGAAACACUGUGACCAAUAUGUUCUUUCAUUUUGAAACAAACAGUAUAUUCAAAUGAACGUAUUUCCUUGCUAAGGAGUUCUCACGAAUCAGCGACUUUCACUACGAAAGGGUUCUCUGAAUUUUUAGUUUGAUAAAAAUUAGAAAACAAAGUCUGCUUCAAAGCGAAUAGUGGCUGGGAAAAUUGACUUGAAAGUUUAGUUCACGGCAAUUAUCAAAUAUAAUCACAUUUAAUUUCAUAAUUGCUGGGAAGAAAUUAAUAUAGUUUCACAUUACUCAAUAACGGAAUGAAAAAUAUGCUCUAAUUAUUGUAAUUGGCCAAUUGGGCCAUUCUCAAGUUGGCAACUGAAAGAGAAUGGAAGGUUUAUUACACUCAGGUGCCAAUGGCUCAGUGGUGGUAACAUUUUUGAACACUUGCCAUCACGGUGCAAUAUAUGGAUUGGCAUGAGAAUAGGCCUAUAUCACGUUUUGAGUACUUUACUUGAUGUUAGCAAGUACACAAAAUUUCUAAAAACGGCAAAUUAAGAUGAAGAACACUUUAAAUAUUCCCAUCUUGUAAACUCAGAAUUCAAGCUGUUUAAACAAGAUAAUAUUUCGACGUUCAUUUCAAAGUCAUUUGUCAAACUUGAAACUUGACAAUGACUUUGAAAAAUAUAAAGUCGAAAAAUUACCUUGAAUUUUGUUGUCUUGUUUGUAAAAUAGCCCGAAUCUUGAGUUUACAAGAUGUUAAUAUUCGAAGUGCAUUUCAUUAUAUCUUAGGCCAGGCUUAAUAUACUUCGCAAAAUUGUCUGAGCACCAGAAGGCAGAACCACAGUUUUCAGCCCAGAAUGUUUUUGUACUUUGACUAUAGCUCUGUGGCUGUGCAUUUCCGCGGUAUUUAUAACCGAGUGCUCGAAUAUGGCCUCAAAAAGCGUGAUAAAAUAAAGGUCUAUUGAUUGCCUUGAAUAAUAUAAGCUUGCAUGCCAGUACUACAAUACGCUACUGUCAAAAGACCAUUUUAAAACAAUGAAUAAACUGAAUAAACUCAAACAUUAUGGUACCAGCGCCCAGAAUUUUUGUACUUAUGCAAAAUUUGCAAAGUAUAAUUUCAAAAGACAGUAGUCAGUAGACAUGGUUUGAAUUAUAAAUAAGUUAUGAACUAUGAAGUCAGCUUUUAAAAAAACCACGAACCCGUAGAGCAGUAGAGGAGCCCUAAAAGCUGCAUUGUUUUAUCUAGACUAUAAUUUAUCUAAAAGUAUUCUCAUCAUUUAGAAAAAAGAAAGAAUAGUCAGAAUUAAUUGCAAUGGCAACGAAGGCAAAGGUACAAAAUAUUAAUAUUGUUAAUGGCAUAAAAAAUUAUAAUAUAACAUUUGUAAAUUCUGAUUGGCUAAGAGCCAUGUUGACUACUACAGACAGUAACUUAAUGUCAACACGCAUAUUCCUGAAAUUUGUGCUAUAUUAUAAAAAAAAAUAUAAAACAUUUUUUCCAUAUUGAUAUACAGUCAUAGUUGUUAAAUACAAGUCGCUAGUUUUUGAGCUGCACUUUCACACAAGCAAAACAAAGCAAUCUUACAGUCAGAUACAGCACACAGUCUGUUUUAAAGACGUUUUUAAAAACAAAGAAAUUAGAAUUAUGGAAGUCAUGACUCAUGAGGUAGUCGUCUAUAAUUAGAGAUCCUGUUAGAGUAAAUUCCAAUAGACCACAUUGUGUUGUUAGGGCAUAUAUAACGGGUCUUGUCCAAGAAUAAAAUAGCGACAUACAACAUGAAAUUUGUCCAAGUUGCAACAAUAGGUCUUAGAAAAAAAAUCCUGUAAUUCCGGUUUCAUAUGCUGAAAAAAAUAGGGCAAGAUACAGUAGGUCGGAAAAUAAUUUUUUUGAAAAUUUUUUUUGCUCGAUAUUGGUCAGCUGAAUGGCCACGAAUGUGAUCAGUCGGCAUUUCUACAACACAUAAGUUUAAUCAUCAUAUACUGUGGUUUCAUAAAGUGUAUUAUCAUUGGCAUGAUAAAGUAUCAUAAAGCGAGCAAUAAAAAAAUAUGACAGCAGAUUAAAAAAAUUCCAGUCAACAGAAAAAAAGAGGGUCAGGAAACCGGAAAAACAGGAUAUCUUUUUGUCACGUCUUUUGAAAUUCUGACAACGCGUGAUUACUAGUUUAAUUAAAGAUUUUCUGGUUGACACUAUCAAAGUUUCUAUGGGAAUUUAGCAUGGGUAAAUUCUAAGUUUUGAAGGAUUUGUAAGAAAUGUUUGAGGAAACUGACUUUGUGUUUAACACUAAAUUAGUUCCCUCAAACAAUGUCUUACAAAUCCUUUGAAAUAUAGAAUUCACCCACGCAAAAUUCCUACUGAAAUCACAGAAACAUUGAUAGUCUACUCCAGCCCUAGACAACAAUCACAUACCACUCUAUGGAAGCUCAAUUGUAUUAUUUUUUAUUUGCAGCAACGCUCGAAGUGAUGUCACCCACAGACGUUUCAACUAUUACAUUUCAUCAAGAACUUGACUGCAACAAAUGCCUAUUGAUGUCCGACAGAUCUUUACGGUGCAGAAAACUGGCACUAGUUCCAUCCGUAGCAUUUGAUAAACACAUGAGCAGGGGAUUGGUUCUAGAACAUCAUGACCAACAUGCAUUGCAAGAGUGGGAAGGAAGGCUAAGGAGACAUUUAAGAGGUAGGAAUGUCUGUCUGCGUAAAUUAUUAGCUAUCGGUCACUGUGUAAUUUGUUUGUCUCUCUGCGUUCUGCAGCAUGAUCUCUUCCCAAAAAUAAGGCUAUGCCUUAAUUGUUGAAAAGCACUCAAACUAACCCUAACCCUGACUCUAAUCUAAUCUUAAUCUGACCUAACCUAACCCUGGCACUAAUCUAAACCUGACGACCUUUUUUUUUUAUCUAUUUGGCUCCGAACAAUUGGCAGGAAAGAUCAACAUACAACCUCACACCGCUCCCUCUUAUGUUUCAAAUCCUGCAGAAAUUGCUACAGUCGCAUUUCUCCAUAUUUUCAAAUGUUAUAAUGAAAUUUCCAAUUUUCUUGGGAAAUAUAGAAUAUAAAGCGUUCUACUAGUAGCGAAACACGAAACAAUUAUGGGGCAUUCCUUGGCUAGAAUAAGAACAGCUCUUCCUCGAAAUCGCAGCAUUUGGUUGCCCAGUAUUAAAAAGUAGCAGAAGGAAAGUGAAAGCCGAUUUCAAAUGCUUAUUUAUAUUCAUAUAUUCAUCGCAUAUUGUGGAGGUCAACAGGUCAAAUAAAUUAAAACAAGUUGCCUUUUCCUCUUAUUUGUAUCCUGGGAAAGUCAAUUCAAGAAUUAAAGUUAUCCUGGAUAAAUAAAACGGAGCUAAAAUAAAAUUAUUUGGGGUCGUAGUAUUUUGACCAGUCGACCAAUCGAGUAUGAACGACUGUUUAUAUAAAAGCCCUAACCAGCAACCGUAACAUUAAUUUCAACAAAUACAGCUAAGAAUACAACAACCUACCUUUAUUUAGACUCAAAACACAACACAAUUCUUUCGUUUUCUAGUUGUGAGCUACCCCGUUCGCAUUAUGACAAAACAGAACGGCAGAAAAUCGGCGACAUUGCACAUUUCGCCCUCGAGGCUUUAUCUCUCGCGUGGAUUCCCGCCAAAAUUCCACAUGCUCGGCUCGUGGAACAUCGCGCUUCAUGCUAAUAACCUGGUCCUGCUCAACCGCAGUAUACAACUCAACGUGAACUACGACGGCACGGAUAGGCUAACUUUGGCCACGGACAAUGCGCGCGAUAUUUUCGAAACGAUUUACGGCUGCUACGGGAAAUUGACGCCGCCGAAAGACACGGAUGUCAAUAUGGACAGAAUCGUUCCGUCAUCCCGACGAAGGCUUGCGUCGAUGCCGACAAGUGUACGAAACGAGAUGAGCUUGCGGUCUGUAUCGGGACGGGCGACGACCAUGUCGUUUUCUUGAAAUGAAAAAACUAACAGAUGCUGGUAGACCAUUUCGCAAAAAAGGACACCAUUUUGGAGAUGAUGCAUUUUAAGUUGGUUACGGACGAGCAAGCCUUUCUAGGACAAAUUUUUUGGUCAGUCAGACCGGUAGCUAUUUAACAGUUAUUCUACGAACUCGAGUCGAAUAUGAGCUGAUAGCCGAUGAGGCGCGUAGCGCCGAAUCGGCUAUCGCUCAUAUUUGACGAGAGUGAGUGGAAUAACUGUUUUAUUAUAUACACAAGGUCUGAAUUCACAGACUUUGCUUUUCGGAUAUUUUCAAUAUUUUUCUAUUUUGUUUAUGUUUUUAUCUUCGCUCUUUCGGCCGAUUAUUUUUUCAAAAAUACAUAUUUUUAACCAUUUUAAAUUUUAAAAAUUUAUUUGCUAACCUGAAAACAAUUUGUGGGAGUUUUUUCAUUGUGUUUUUAAUCCUGUAAAGGCUAUAAAAAGCGACAAUGGCCGCCAUUUUGUUUUUCUCUACUAGCAGGAUAUGAGCUAAUAUCCUGCUAGUAAAGAACCAAUCAGAUUGCAGAAUACCUCAUAUCCAGACCUUGUGUAUAUAAUAAUAGCUAUUAUUAUUAGAUCGCUGACCAACCGCAUGCAAGGGCUCAAACUACUUUGCCAAACUGAUCUUCUUUGACCGAUACAUAAAAACAAAUUAGUGUACUUUGCCAAUUUUCUCUAGUGCCAAAGUUGUCUAACAGGCUGAGCAAAUAAAACUUGUCAUAAGAAAACUUGUUCAUCUGUAACCGAAUUUAUGGUGUAUAAAGUUUAUUUGGACGUCGGAGGAACAAUACCAGACAAAUUCAGGACCAGCCAACUAUUACGAUCAAAUGAAACCGAUUAAAGAAUAAGGUUUAUGAGUAAUAGUGAAGCAAGACCAAAAAUUUUAAAUCAGUAUAGUUUCAAAAAGAUUCGGUGGUAUCAAUAAUUAGUAAAGCACAAGUGUUUCAGAUUUCCAGUACGGGAAUAGCCCAUCAUGCUUGUUAGAACAACGUUAGAAUAUUAAUUUCUAUGACUUUAUUCAUUGAUUAUAUGAGUCAACUUUUAACUAAAUGUCGUAUAUAGUAUUAUUAUAGAACUAAUUCAUUUUUCAACAAUUUACAUGCAAACUUCACAGACGGUCUAAGUGGGGAGAACUGACUGCACACAUUUGCCCGUUGUUCCGCUGACCGAUAACAGACAUGGACAAACGACGAAUCUUACAAACAUCUUACCCGCAGCUGAGAACCGGCAUGGAUUUUAGUAAACUUGCCACAAGUCGACUCGUAUCGUAAUGCAUUGUAGCUUCUCUCAUAUUGUAAGAAGUAAAACGAGUGGGGAGGACCCGGUACAGACGACGAAGUGUUCCUUGACAAGUUUAUCUGUUCGUGUGUACGACAAAAUAAUUGACAAUUUUUCCUUGACUCAAGGAACCUUGUUCCAAGUGUGUAUGGUCGCGAAGGAAAACUUGACUGGUGUACAAGAAAUACUUCUAUGGUUUUGGGAAACAAAAUACGGCCUUGACGUGAGAUAAAUGUUUAAUUUAAACAUCCUGUGCAUGCACACGACCAACAAAAGUUGUCAAGGAAAACUUGUUGACCGUUCACACAAGAAAGUAAACUUGUCAAGGGAAACUUGCUUGUGUGUAUAGGGCUUAAAACGAAAGGGCGAGCUUGAGCUCAAAACCGCAGCUAAAUAAUACAAGUCGACUCAUGUAGCAAGUCUAGGAUUUCAGCUGACAACAUCCAAAGUCCCCUAUUAAACCCUCUUUGGCAGUCUUGUUACAGUCAAAUCUAAAAAAAUGCUCGCCCUCAACAUCCGUCUGUUCAUACACAAAAUUCCACGCAAUUCAACACGGAGUAAGAUAAAACAAGUCCGUAAUUAAUGUCAGCGGGUUUCAAGCGCCAGGACAUUCACCGUCACAUUCACACGGGCACGUCGCCUUGGUAACCAUGAUGCUGAUACCACACAUGCAAUCCUCGUGACCGCAGCGACAUUUAGCGCGGUUGAUUUUCGUGAUCUCCUCCCACGGCUUGCUUUCGCUGAUGCAACGUACAACUUGGGCGACCUGUUGGAAAUAUUCACAGUGAAACACUGAUCUGUGUUUUCAUCGGAUACAUAUG